ACAACAGGGAAAAACAGAAACGGUGUGAGGAAAUAAAUUGACAACGGGGAAAGAGAAGUGGCCCAUCUUCAUCAUUAUUUAGUCCCUUCUCCUUGUUUCUUCUCUUAUUAUUCAUCUCAUUCUCUUCUCUCUAAAUUUCUCAAGUUAUUUCAGAAUACUGCUUGUAAUCUGUUGCAGCAUUGGGAAGUGAAUGCAUAGUGAAGUUUAAGGAAUUGUGAUAAGGACUUGGAGUAUAUGAUUACAUAACAAGAAGUGUUGUGACGAACUUGAAGAAAGUGCUUUCUGCUCUUACUCUCAUCUGGAGAUAUCAUUCUACCCCUAUUUAUUACGACAAUGGCUAGAGGAGCGAAGAAGCUUAAGCUUAAUUCAAAAUCUUUCAGCAUUUUUGCAUUCACAUAGGACGAUAAUAGAGAAUGGUCAAAAGAUAUGGAGUGUUUUGAAGCAGGAAUAAUACCAUGUUGCAGUGCCUAGAGGGAGUCAAGCAUUUAGGUGCUUCUCUGUCGAAAUGCUGUGAUCUGGACAGGCAAACAACACCCUUUGAAGAUCCAGAGAUCCUAGCAAGAGAGACAGUUUUUAGCGUCAGUGAGAUUGAAGCUCUUUAUGAGCUCUUUAAGAAGAUUAGCAGUGCAGUGGUUGAUGAUGGGCUGAUCAACAAGGAAGAGUUUCAAUUGGCACUAUUCAAGACGAACAAAAAGGAAAGCUUGUUUGCUGAUAGGGUGUUUGACUUAUUUGACACAAAGCACAAUGGAAUCUUGGGUUUUGAGGAGUUUGCGCGUGCCCUCUCUGUUUUCCAUCCAAAUGCUCCUAUUGAUGAUAAGAUUGAGUUUUCUUUUCAGCUAUACGAUCUCAAGCAACAGGGCUUCAUUGAGAGGCAAGAGGUGAAGCAAAUGGUUGUUGCUACCCUUGCUGAGUCUGGUAUGAACCUAUCAGAUGAUGUUAUAGAGAGCAUAAUCGAUAAGACUUUCGAAGAAGCUGAUACCAAACAUGAUGGAAAGAUUGACAAGGAGGAAUGGGGAAGUUUGGUCGGGCAACAUCCUUCACUUUUGAAGAACAUGACCCUCCAAUAUCUUAAGGACAUUACGACUACAUUCCCGAGCUUUGUCUUCCAUUCCAGAGUUGAGGAUACCUGAUUGGAGUUAUACAGGCUGAGUUGUUUAGAGAACUAUUUUUACUAUCUUUUUUCCUGUUUUGUUUAGGGCAAUUAGCCAGUUUAUGGAUGUCUGAAUACUGUUCCUUGCUCUUCUUUUUUUUUUUUUUGGCCCCAUCUUAAAUUUCAAUAUUCUCUUGAUUUGUUAUUCAUUUUGAAUGUAAUGGUUCUGCAUUUUGUUGCCUGGUAAUAAAUGUCUGGUUUCCCAUUCAA